GACCGAGGCAACCGGCAAUGGAAGCGGACAGCAACAGCUCUUCUGGGAGCUUCAUUCUGAUGGGCAUAUCUGACCAUCCCCAGCUGGAGAGCAUCUUCUUCGUAGUCAUCCUCUCCUCCUACCUGUUGACCGUGGCCGGGAACUCAACCAUCAUCCUGCUUUCCCGCCUCGAUGCGCGGCUCCACACACCCAUGUACUUCUUCCUCAGCAACCUCUCUUCCCUGGACCUUGCCUUUACUACCAGUUCAGUCCCCCAAAUGCUGAAAAACUUAUGGGGGCCAGACAAGACGAUCAGCUAUGGUGGGUGUGUAACUCAGCUGUACGUUUUCCUUUGGCUGGGGGCUACCGAGUGCAUACUGCUCGUGGUGAUGGCCUUUGACCGCUACGUGGCAGUUUGCCGGCCCCUGCGCUACAUGAGCAUCAUGAAUCCCCGGCUCUGCUGGCUGCUGGCCGCUAUCAGCUGGUUGGGCGGCCUAGGCAACUCCGUGAUUCAGUCAACAUUCACUCUGCAGCUCCCAUUCUGUGGACACCGGAAGGUGGACAACUUCUUGUGUGAGGUGCCCGCCAUGAUUAAAUUGGCCUGUGGGGACACGAGUCUCAACGAGGCCGUGCUCAAUGGUGUCUGCACCUUCUUCACUGCCGUCCCACUGAGCAUUAUCCUGAUCUCCUACUGUUUCAUUGCUCAGGCAGUGAUGAAGAUCCGCUCCGUCGAGGGACGCCGGAAGGCCUUCAAUACGUGCCUUUCCCAUUUGGUGGUGGUGUUCCUCUUCUAUGGCUCGGCUAUCUAUGGCUAUCUGCUGCCAGCUAAGAGCAGUAAUCAGGACCAAGGAAAAUUCAUUUCUCUCUUCUACUCUGUGGUCACACCCAUGGUAAAUCCUCUCAUCUAUACUCUAAGGAACAAAGAAGUGAAGGGGGCGCUGGGAAGAUUGCUGGGGAAAGGAAGAGAAGCCAGCUGA